AUGAUUCGAGAAAAACUAAAAGUAUCUACUCAGACACUACAGUGGAAGUGUGUUGAAUCAAGGGUAGACAGUAAGCGUCUUUAUUAUGGACGCUUUAUUAUGUCUCCACUUAUGAAAGGUCAAGCAGAUACAAUAGGCAUUGCAAUGCGAAGAAUUUUGCUCGGAGAAAUAGAGGGAACAUGUAUCACACGUGCAAAAUCUGAGAAAAUACCACAUGAAUAUUCUACCAUAAUAGGUAUUCAAGAAUCAAUACAUGAAAUUUUAAUGAAUUUAAAAGAAGUUGUAUUGAGAAGUAAUCUGUAUGGAACUCGGGACGCGUCUAUUUGUUUCAAAGGUCCUGGAUAUGUAACUGCUCAAGACAUCAUUUUACCACCUUCGGUGGAAGUCAUUGAUAAUACACAACAUAUAGCUAACCUAACAGAACCUAUUAAUUUGUGUAUUGAAUUAGAAAUUGAUAGAAAGCGGGGAUAUCGUAUAAAAACACUAAACAACAUUCAAGAUGGAAGUUAUACUAUAGAUGCUGUAUUCAUGCCUGUUAGAAAUGCAAAUCAUAGUAUUCAUUCUUAUGUGAAUGGAAAUGAAAAACAAGAGAUACUAGUUCUCGAAAUAUGGACAAAUGGAAGUUUAACUCCUAAGGAAGCACUUUAUGAAGCCUCCCGGAAUUUGAUUGAUUUAUUUAUUCCUUUUUUACAUGCAGAAGAAGAAAACUUAAAUUUUGAAAACAAUCAACACAAAAUUACUUUGCCCCUUUUUACUUUUCAUGAUAGAUUGCAUUUUUUAUAA